UUCGGUUCGGUGGCGGAGCUCCGCACUCCACGCGGAAGCCACCCCAGUGCCCAUGGCUCUCAUAAUGGAACCAGUGAGCAAAUGGUCUCCGAGUCAAGUCGUGGACUGGAUGAAAGGUCUUGAUGACUGUUUGCAGCAGUAUAUUAAGAAUUUUGAGCGAGAGAAGAUCAGUGGAGACCAGCUACUUCGCAUUACACAUCAGGAGCUAGAAGAUCUUGGCGUCAGCCGCAUUGGCCAUCAGGAACUGAUCUUGGAAGCAGUUGACCUUCUGUGUGCACUGAAUUAUGGCUUGGAAACAGAAAAUCUCAAAACUCUUUCACACAAGUUGAAUGCAUCUGCCAAAAAUCUACAGAACUUCAUAACAGGAAGAAGGCGGAGUGGCCAUUAUGAUGGGAGGACCAGCCGGAAAUUGCCAAAUGACUUUCUGACCUCAGUUGUGGACCUGAUUGGAGCAGCCAAGAGUCUGCUUGCCUGGUUAGACAGGUCACCAUUUGCUGCUGUGACAGACUAUUCAGUGACACGGAAUAAUGUUAUUCAGCUCUGCUUGGAAUUAACGACAAUUGUGCAACAGGAUUGUACUGUUUAUGAAACUGAAAAUAAAAUUCUGCAUGUGUGUAAAACUCUUUCUGGAGUCUGUGACCACAUCAUCUCCCUGUCGUCAGAUCCUCUGGUUUCACAGUCUGCUCACCUGGAAGUGAUCCAGCUGGCAAAUAUCAAACCAAGUGAAGGGCUGGGUAUGUAUAUUAAGUCAACAUAUGAUGGCCUCCAUGUAAUUACUGGAACCACAGAAAAUUCACCUGCAGAUCGGUGCAAGAAAAUUCAUGCUGGGGAUGAAGUGAUUCAAGUUAAUCAUCAGACUGUGGUGGGGUGGCAGUUGAAAAAUUUGGUGAAUGCACUACGAGAGGACCCGAGUGGUGUUAUCUUAACUUUGAAAAAGCGACCUCAGAGCAUGCUUACCUCAGCACCAGCUUUACUGAAAAAUAUGAGAUGGAAGCCCCUUGCUCUGCAGCCUCUUAUACCUAGAAGUCCCACAAGCAGCGUUGCCACGCCUUCCAGCACCAUCAGUACACCUACCAAAAGAGACAGUUCUGCCCUCCAGGACCUCUACAUUCCCCCUCCUCCUGCAGAACCAUACAUUCCAAGGGAUGAAAAAGGAAACCUUCCUUGUGAAGACCUCAGAGGACAUAUGGUGGGCAAGCCAGUGCAUAAGGGAUCUGAAUCACCAAAUUCAUUUCUGGAUCAGGAAUAUCGAAAGAGGUUUAACAUUGUUGAAGAAGACACUGUCCUGUAUUGCUAUGAAUAUGAAAAAGGAAGAUCAAGCAGUCAAGGAAGGCGAGAGAGCACCCCAACUUAUGGCAAGCUACGACCUAUAUCUAUGCCAGUGGAAUAUAAUUGGGUGGGGGACUAUGAAGAUCCAAAUAAGAUGAAGAGAGAUAGUAGAAGAGAAAACUCUCUUCUUCGAUACAUGAGCAAUGAAAAAAUUGCUCAAGAAGAAUACAUGUUUCAGAGAAACAGCAAAAAAGAUACAGGAAAGAAGUCAAAAAAGAAGGGCGAUAAAAGUAAUAGCCCAACUCACUAUUCAUUGCUACCUAGUUUGCAAAUGGAUGCUCUGAGACAAGACAUCAUGGGCACACCUGUGCCAGAGACCACACUAUACCAUACAUUUCAGCAGUCAUCUCUGCAACACAAAUCCAAGAAGAAAAACAAAGGGCCUAUAGCAGGCAAGAGCAAAAGGCGAAUUUCUUGUAAGGAUCUUGGCCGUGGUGACUGUGAGGGCUGGCUUUGGAAAAAGAAAGAUGCAAAGAGUUAUUUUUCACAGAAAUGGAAGAAAUAUUGGUUUGUUCUAAAGGAUGCAUCUCUGUAUUGGUACAUUAAUGAAGAGGAUGAAAAAGCAGAAGGAUUCAUCAGUUUGCCUGAAUUUAAGAUUGACAGAGCCAGUGAAUGCCGCAAGAAAUAUGCAUUCAAAGCCUGUCAUCCUAAAAUCAAAAGCUUUUAUUUUGCUGCUGAACAUCUUGAUGACAUGAACAGGUGGCUUAACAGAAUUAAUAUGCUGACUGCAGGAUAUGCGGAAAGAGAGAGGAUUAAGCAAGAGCAAGAUUAUUGGAGUGAGAGUGACAAGGAAGAAGCAGACACUCCGUCAACACCAAAACAGGACAGUCCUCCACCUCCCUAUGAUACUUACCCACGGCCUCCCUCUAUGAGUUGUGCUAGCCCUUAUGUGGAAGCAAAGCACAGCCGACUUUCCUCUACGGAGACCUCUCAGUCUCAGUCUUCCCAUGAGGAGUUCCGCCAAGAAGUAACUGGGAGCAGUGCAGUGUCCCCCAUUCGCAAGACAGCCAGUCAGCGCCGUUCCUGGCAGGAUUUAAUUGAGACGCCCCUGACAAGUUCGGGCUUACACUAUCUUCAGACUCUGCCCCUGGAGGAUUCUGUCUUCUCUGACUCCGCAGCCAUCUCCCCUGAGCACAGGCGGCAGUCCACCCUUCCGACUCAGAAGUGCCAUCUACAGGAUCAUUAUGGGCCGUACCCCCUCGCUGAGAGCGACCGGAUGCAAGUGCUAAAUGGCAAUGGGGGCAAGCCUCGAAGUUUCACUCUGCCUCGAGAUAGUGGGUUCAACCACUGCUGUCUGAAUGCGCCAGUUAGUACCUGUGACCCGCAAGAUGAUGUGCAGCCCCCAGAGGUGGAGGAAGAGGAGGAGGAGGACGAAGAAGAAGAAGGAGAGGCAGCAGGGGAAAACAUAGGAGAAAAAAGCUAAUACACUGCGAGAGUUGAUAGAACCUCUCCAUGCCAAAUCGGAUCCACUUCUGUUGGCACUCAACCAUUGGACUCACAGAUUGAUAAGCUAAUGUUUAGAGAAUUUAGAUCGGAGAGAGUCGGCACGGCACAGACUCAACAUCAACCUCUUGCAAGCAACUAAAAUGGCCUCGUCCUUGCUGUUUAUAACAGAAAACAGACUUGUAAAAAGCUUAGAUCAUCAAGUGUUUUGGAUUGGAGGUCUCCCUAAAGGGAAAUUAAGAGGGCCAGGCCACUCUUAAGAAGAAUUCGAGCUUUCUACAGUGGCACUAGCAUAAGAUCAAAGCCAAUCAAGAUGGAGCACAGUAACAGAAAACUGCUGUUUCUAUGGGAGAAUGGAAGGGAAAAGGGUCUUGAUGGGGAAAGGGCUGUGUGUGGUGACACUUCAGUUGUAUUCUUCUGACAUCAGGAAAAAGAGAGGGAUCAGCUCGGAUAAACAGAAAAUCCUGGCUGUUUAUGGACUCUUCAGUGGCCUCUUUAAGGCAGAGCAAAGGAAGCUAAUUCUGUAUUUAAGUGUAUUUUGCAUUUUUCAAACUUAACGUGCUGUAUUGUACUAAAUUAAGUGUAAUCUUUUGAGGCAAGGUAUACACAACCUGCUCUGAAACUUAAUAUGUUUAUUCUAUUACAAAGCAUAUUCAGGUGCAAGACAGAGACUGCUGUCAGUGGCAGUACUAAAAGGAAGGUCCUCAUGCCAGGCUUUCUUAGAUUCCUCAACUAAAAUACUUUCUCUUAAUUUCUUGGCACUUGUAUACAAGUGUUGUUGCCUUUUAGGACAGGCAUGAGCUAUUCUUUUUCUGUAAAACUUUCCAAAUCUAUAGGCUGUAGUUUUCAUUUUUGAGAAAGUAUUUUGUCUUUCAAACUAGCUUCAGAUAUUAUUUAAUAUAAUGUAACUGGGUCCCCUAUGGCUCAGUAUUGCUUAUUUUUCUUCUGUGGUGGAUGUGAAAUUUUCUUUAGUUGGAUAAGAUAUACUGUAAUAAUUUCAAUGCUAAUUAAUGGAUAUUUCAUACUGUGAAACGAACAAAUUAUUUAACAUUGUAUUUUGACAUGUUUUUUUCUCCCUGUCGCCGCAGUGUGUGGUAUUGCAUAAUGUGAAUACCUGUAAAAAUAUAAAUUACUUAAAAAUAAAAAAUAUGACCAAUUGGUAUCAGAUCUUUUUAGAUAGCUUAAUAUUUGCUAAGUAUGCUUGAUAGUAAAUAUCUUUCUAAAAAAGAAAUAAUCUAUGCUUCUUUCUCUCUCACAAAUGGAAUUUGUGUUGUGAAUAAAAUCACGCCUUACAAUUGCCUCUGUGCUCUAACCAUGUUAAUGUGUUUUAGUAUAUAUAAAAUUGGUGAUUGUGGUAUGCAAAAAUCCAUCCCAAAAGCUUCUUAUUGGCAUUUAAUAUUAACAUAAUUGUCUUGGGUCAUUCUUCCUGUUUAAGUCAUAGUCAAGUUUUAUGGUCUGAAGAACUAUAGUUUUUUUCUCAUUAAGGAAUAUGAUGACUCUACAUUAAUUUUCAAAUGUAGUCAUCCCUUUGCUUGGGUUUUAAACUUCCCUCUUCAUUAAUUUCUGCCUACGAAUUAGGUAGUUUGCCCUCCAUUUCAGUUACUUAAGUUUUCUAAAUUACUUAUUUCAAUUUUAAACUGUCAUUUAUAUCUUUGAUUGUCCUUCAAGGAAACAUUCCUUCUUUGAGUUAGUAAAUCAACCCUAAGUACACCAAUACUUUGCCAUCUGAACUAUUCAUCAUCAUAAUUAUUGUACUCUGAAAAUUCAACCACUGCCAUAUAUUUGUUUUUAAACCACACAAUCUGGUAAAAUUGUAUACUCAGAGAAAGAAGUGUAGCAUAAGCUUUAGUUCUUUUGUUGCAUCUUUAUGGAAGUAAGCUUUACUGUUGUAAAGGAAUUCUUAGACACAAACUUUUGUUGAAAUACAUUGGUGACCUUAUAAGUAUGGGCUUUUCUCCUGUUUAAGAAAAAAACUUAAUGUUGAUAGAGCCACUGAACUGGCCCUUUAAAGGUCUUUUUCUUCUCACUAAAAUACAUAUCUAGCAGAGAAAUUAUUGCCCUAAGAGCAAUACUGUGGUAUUGUUAUUUUGCCUGAAACAAAUAAAUAACUUCUGAUUAUGAAACAGGUAGUUGACUAAAGAAGCAAACUUUUUGAAGUUUCACUUUUUUUCCUAAUACCAAAUUGCCCUUACCUCUCCUCACCUUUACAACCCUUGGUACAGCUCAUUCAUUGACUUAUUUUGGAAACAUGAAUCAAGAAAGCUAGUAUUUAAGUAUAAAACAGUUCAAAUUAUGGUGUGAAUCCUUGCAUACUCAAAUUAUCUUUCAUAUACAACUGCCAAAUAUAAAAGUGUGUCACCUUACAUAUAAGUAAAAUGUUCUUUGGCGCAUACUAGUAAAUUAGUAUUCAUAGAAAAUAUCCCUGUGGCCUCAAUGUGAAUGUUGAUUUCCCUUUGUGGCAAAAAUAGUGUCCCAUAUACUUGAUAUCCUCAGUCAAGAAGAGUUAAAAUACUCUCUGGUUGUAUAAAAAAACAAAUAAGUGCCUCUCAGAAUUAACUAGUGACUAACACUACUCUGUCCAGCCUUCUCUCCUCUUGGUGACCUAACCUUUCCCAACCUUCUGUGUUCAUCACACAGCUAUGUUGUGGAAAGAAGAACUGUUUCCAUGAAGACAUCAUUGCCCAAUUUGAAGAGUGCACAGUUCCCUUCCAGAACAUGCACCAGAAACUAUUAGCCAUUUUUGGCUUCAUUCUUCAAGAACUAAAUUGGUAUACUUAUUGGUUUGGCUUUCAUCUUUUACUCUCCUUCAACAUUGGCAUUGCAGGGGUAGGGAAAUGGGGAGGACACCAAAGUAAAAUUUGGGUCACCAUCAUAUUCUCUCCUUAAAUUUUCACCAAAAACAUGACCAACAUUAUAGAAUAGUCCUUACUCAGGAUGUAGUCACCUAAUAGGGGGACCAGUUUGUGUGGAAAAUAGAGAAACCUGUCUCUCCAUUAGAAUUUGUUGAGUACUUAAAACACUGUGCCAGGUAGAGAAAUGGGAAAUGCAAAAUGUGAGUGACACAAAUUCCCCUCACAGGAAAGUCACACAGUGCUGUCUCUGAAGCAGAAUGCAUAGACAUCUAUUGACGCAUAGGAAGAAAAUUGUGAGAAUUUCUCCUUGGGUUUUGUAUCUUAUCGUUUUAGCUUUUUCUUUUGUACAUGUUUUAUUUAACUGUUAGUAUACAUGAAUGCAUGCAUGGCCAUUAACGACAAAAAUGUUUAAACCGGUAAAAUCUAUAAUCCAAAAAAGUAUGGAAAUUAUUGAUCCUAAAUGUAAAGUGUACAUUAAGCAGAGAAAUUUAAUAUUUGACAAAUGAAUUAUCACCUGCUAAUAUACAGUUUUCCAGAGGUUCUAAUGAACUGGCAAUUUUUUAUUAGAUGAUCUUUUCUUUGAGUUUUUAUUUAUCACUUACUACCUGGGAUCCUAUAUAAGCUCUAAGAAUCAAACAAUGAACUGUUGUGGUGUUCACUAUGUUCUAGAUUCACAAUAUUUCAUGCUGGAGCAGAAUGUGUAUGAGAAAAUAAAGAGGAUCUUCUUUCAUCCCUGCCAAGUACAACACAGCCAGAAAUAACCCUCCUUUGGCACAGAAUACAAGUUAAUUACUUAAUUUUGAUCCUCAGUCUAUCAGUCAAUGAAAUGCUAUGUAGGAAAGAGGACUAUAUAUAAAGUCCCUGCUUUACUAAACAAAAAUGUGUAAUGUGACAGGACAAAUUUACAUAAGUAUGAAUAUAAUUUGGGGAAAUUUAUUUCUGCACAGGUCUAGAUUUCUAGAAUAGAAAUUAAAAUGUCAUUACAGCAGUGAUACACUUCCUGAUUAGAAAUCACACAAGAUUCCUAUAUAUGUCCUUUGCUUUCAACGUGGUCUAAGCUUUGCCAAUUUUCAGAAACAUUCAUUUAAAUUGAAAAAAAAAAGGUGAUUUUCAGCCAGUGUUGCAAUGACUGAACUGGCACAUUGCACGACAAUAAGGCGGGACACAGGCCUCACCGAGUGCUUGCCUCAUCUUCCAAAACAAGCCUCUGCUAAGAACAGAAAAGCAAGGGUGGAAGAGAGAAUCCUGAAGAGAAAUGAGAAGGAGAUAAAGAAGAAGAGGGCAAAAAGAGAAGAAACUAAAGGUGCUUUCAUAUUUUCAGUUGCAACAUUAGCCCUCGUUGACUUAACUGGUAUUCAUCUGAGAAAAAUCAAAGAAACCAAUUGAAAAUUAUAAAAGAAAAUAAAGGUCUGUUUUUGUCUUGAAUGUUGAGUUCUGUGUUGUUUUGACUGUUGAGCACAGUGAAUCAGAUUUAUAAUGUGACUCUGCCCCUCACCCUGUUCCCCUGAGAAUAAAAGGACUCUUUGUCCAGUCAUAAAAUGUUAAAUAAUUGGUGGCAUUUUGUGGUAGCCUGGCAUCUUAGUCCCUUAUCCUUACUCAUCCCUCUACUGUGUCUUGUGCAGUGUUGAAUAUGUGUAUGAUAUGUAGGGGACUGAGAGAGGCUUUCUUAUCUCUAAUAGGAGCCACACUAUCCCAUUACUAUACUUGGAAAUGUUUCUAUGUUCCGUCUUAUUGUGAAUUCUUGUUCAAAUGUGCUACCCAGAGAUAAAUCCAUACUCAAUUCUUCUUACAGCUGUUGAACCAGAUACUUUGUGGAAUUAUGUUGUCAUUUAGUUGAGUGCUUUUCUCCCUGGUACCAUCAAGAAGAGGGGGAAAAAUCACAUUUUAUUUUUAAUAUGUAUAUAUGUCACUUUUAUAUUAAAUUCUUAAAACUCCAUUAAAAUCUUAGUUAAAAAACAAUUAUCUGCCCCGGUAUUCCACAACGUUAAGAGCUAGAGAAAUAGAAACCUGGGUCAAAAAUUAAAAACAAAAUAUGUACCAGGUACAGUAUGAGGCAAUAUGGAGAAAUGUUUCCUUAAAAUAAAAAAAAAUUGCUAUGUAAAAAUCUACCUCCUUUAAGUCUUAAAACUAUAAUCUGAAUCCAUUUUUGCCUUCACUUUUUUCUAGAACUGGAAAAGUAAUAAUAUAUUAGGCCACCUGACACCUUAACAACCAUAAUUCUCAUCUGUUAAGCCUCCCUUUUGUACCUACCCUCUCUGUGAAAUUACAACUGUUUUAGAUACAGUCUUGCCUUGAGAGGAAGAAAAAGAAUGAAUAACUACUAAAUAAUUGCCUAGAGUCCUUUCCUGGCCUACGAUUUUAUGAAGUGGAAUUACUCUGUUCAAAUGUGUCCUUGUUUUUACAACUCCAUUAAAGUAUUCUAAAUGAUCAUAUGGUUUUGUGCUUUCCUCCUUCCAAAGCAUUCUUAGUUAAAAUUCUCUUAGAUCCAUCUUGCUUUUUAACUCACAAGUCAAGUCCUCUUUUUUUACAAUCAUCUAUCUACCCAUCCAUCAAAAUCUUCUAGGUGUUGAAAAUUUUCAAAACUGAGCCAAUAGAGAAUUUUUUAAACUAUUAUUUAAGAAUUUUUUAUUUUGGAAUAUAAUUCUAUUUUAGAUGUAUGUUUAGAAACUUUAAAUCACUAUAGAGGAAAUUUGUAAUUGAAAGACUAAAUGAUUAUACCUACCAUUAGGUUCCAAUCUCAGUUAGCAAAGCCAAAAAUUAAAUAUGCAUUUUUAACAAAUUUGUAAUCCUAAAGGUGAUCCCUUCCAAUUAAAGUAUAUUUGGGGAGUUUUUGAGCCAUCUUAUUUAGAUACAAUCUUUUUAAAUAUUAAAAUGAUUCCUUUUUAAAGAGCCUCAUGUUAAUUAAUAUCUACUGUUAAAAACAUAGUUGAAAUAAUUAACAUCCUAAUUUCUUGGGCUAGACUAUCCAGUUAGUAUUAUAGCUCCAUCACACACAAAGAGUGACCUUGAACAAGGUACUUCCUGCUAUAAAAUGAAGAUCAAAUAGAAAUACUUAAGUGUUGCUCUGAGGAUUAAAUGAGGUCAUGAAUGUUAAGCAUUCGCUCUAAUGCUUGGCACAUAUAAUGUUAAAUAGUACUAUUAUUACCAGUUAAGGAAUCUUCUUUUAAAACUCUGGUCAUCUAUUAAUAGAAACAUUAUAUAAUCCUGUCUAU